AUGGCUCCACCAGCCAAAACAACCCCCAAACCCUCCAAACCAAACCACAUUCACCCUCUCACUCCCACUCAAACCACCGAAUCUCCUCCCAUCUUCUCCUCCGCCCCGCCGCGGAGACGCAGCCUCCGCCUCGCCGCCAUUUCCAUCUCCGAACCUCCCCAAUCCCCACCCGAAUCAACCCCCAAACCCUCCGCUAGGGUUUCCAAAUCAAAAAUCCAAAAAUCAAACCUAACCGCUUCCGAAUCCAAAGCUAAUCAAACAAGCAAGAGUUCCGUUAACUUGCGAACAGGAAAAAAAGUUCUCAAACGCGGAAUCACUAUCGCAAACGAAAACCAAGACGAAGACGGUUCUGAAAACAACGCUUCGAAAAAGAAUAAACUAAACGAUGAAGGUGAAUCGAGUGAAAGAAGAAUACUAACAAGAGAAGAGAAAGGAAAGGAAACUGUUGUUAUUGAUGAAAAUAAUGAAAACGAUGAAAGCAGUGAAGAAAGCAGUGAAGAAUCCGAAAUAGAGAACACUAUUACGGAAGAGAAAAAUGAUGCAUCGAAUGUUAUACAACAAUCUAGAAACUCUGUCAACAACAGCAGAGGGGGACGCGGUUUGAGGAGGAACUUGGAACGGUUCCGUGACAUAGCAAGAGAGAACGCGUCUCGUUUUGCGCUUUUUGCUAAUGACGAAAACCAUGUUGAUGAUUUAUCUCCGGAGAAUGAGCAGGAGAAGAAUGCGAUUGAGAUUGAAGAUUGGCCUGGUCCUUUUUCGACCGCUAUGAAAAUCAUUAGGGAUAGAGAGAAGAAAGGGAUUCAGUUUCAAGCGGGGUCUGCUUCUGUACAGAAGGAUUUGAUUGAUUCGAUAAAGUGGAAUCCGAAGACGAAUGUGGAGAAGUUUGAUGGAAAGGUUUCUGUUCCAUCGUUGCAAGAGCUUUGCAUUCGGAUUCUUGCUAAGAAUGUUGAUGCAGUUGUUUCGCUUGAGAGUGUGCCUGAUGCUUUGAGGCAUAGGCUUAGUCAGUUGCUGUGUGAUUCACGGAGGAUGAAUGACCAUUUUUUUGAACUUCUUGUUGUUGGAACUCCAACAGAGAUUCGGCUUAGAAAUUGCUCGUGGUUAUCUGAGGAACAUUUUACAAAGUGCUUUCAAGCAAGUGACACUUCUAAUUUGCUGGUACUGCAACUUGAUCUGUGUGGGCGGUGUUUGCCGGAUUAUGUCGUAGUUGCUAGUUUAGCACGGUCCCCAAAGCAGCUGCCUAAAUUAACUAGUCUAUCUCUCAGAGGUGCAUGCCGACUCUCAGAUGGGGGAUUGCAAGCACUUGUUUUUUCUACUCCAACACUUGGUUCAAUAAAUCUUAGCAUGUGCUCCCUUCUCACUUCUGCUAGUCUUUAUAUUUUGGCUGAAACAUUAAAAUCUCUUUUGAAAGAGUUGUACCUUGAUCACUGCCUUGGCAUUGAUGCUGCACUAAUUGUGCCAGCACUGGUGGAGUUUGAACAUUUAGAAGUGUUGUCGGUGGCUGGCAUUCCAACUGUUUGCGAUACAUUUGUCAAGGAUUACAUUGUUGCACGUGGUCACAACAUGAAAGAGCUAAAUCUGAAGGACUGCAUAAACUUGACCGAUGAAUCAAUAAAAGUCAUUGCUGAACACUGUCCUGGAAUGUGUAGGCUUGAUUUAUCAAAUGUGUGCAAAUUAACAGAUCUGUCCAUGGGAUAUCUUACAAAUGGUUGUCGUGCACUUCAUACACUGAAGCUUUGCCGUAACUCAUUCAGUGAUGAAGCAGUUGCUGCAUUUGUGGAGACUAAUGGAGAGUCUUUGAAAGAACUAUCGCUUAAUAACGUUAAAAAGGUUGGCUACCACACAACCUUAUCACUUGCAAGCCAUGCAAAAAAACUGCAUAGUUUAGAUGUAUCUUGGUGCCGAAAUUUGACUGACAACGCAUUAGGUUUGAUAGUGGACAGUUGCUCGUCACUGAGAUUACUUAAACUUUUUGGAUGUACUCAGGUAACAGAUGUUUUUCUAAAGGGCCACUCAAACUCUCUGGUCCAGAUAAUUGGUAUAAAAAUGACUUCUGUUUUACAACAUGUCAAAGUGCCGGAUCCUCAUCAAGGCGCAUUGAAUUAUUCAUCGGUCUCCGUAGAUUUGGCUGCGUAG